AUGGCACAAUUACAAAUAACCAUCGUUGAAGCAAAGAAUCUAACAAAAAAAGACACGUUUUCUGAGAAUGAUCCAUUUGUGGAGGUAUAUUUGGAUAAUAAACAAUUGAAAAAACGAACGAAAACAAAACAAAAUUCAAACUUUCCGCAAUGGAAUGAAACGUUUGUUUUUAACCAUCUCACUGGACAAGAUACUCUUCAUGUUCAUAUCUAUGAUGAAGAUCAAAUCAAAGAUGAAAAAAUCGGAUCUGUAACAAUCGAUUUGCAUCAAUUGUAUGAAUUAGGUCAUAUCAAUCGGUGGUUUGAAGUGAACGGAAAAGUUGGAUCAAAUUCGUCCGAAGGACAAAUUCAUCUCAUACUUGACUUUGAACGAUUGAAAAUUUGA